GCCUUCGUUCCCGGACUCUCAUUUCCCUGCUCUUCCCUUGUAUUUUGAAGGAUACAGUGCUAGGGUUUUAGACAAUUAGAGGAGUCAGUGACUGCCUCUUUUUACUCUAAAGGAGAGCAAAAUAGGAGGAGGGCGAAGAUGGUGGCCGACAAGACCAAGAGGUUGAAAGUUGCCGAGAAGGGCGAGAACCUAGAGGAAAUUGACGGAGAGCUUGUCCUAUCUAUCGAGAAGCUGCAGGAGACCCAGGACGAGCUUGAAAAGAUUAAUGAGGAGGCAAGUGAUAAAGUUCUCGAAAUAGAGCAGAAGUACAAUGAGAUAAGGAAGCCUGUCUAUGAGAAGCGGAAUGAGAUUAUCAAAACUAUUCCUGACUUCUGGACAACAGCUUUUCUGAGUCAUCCUGCUCUUGGUGAGGUUCUGAAUGAAGAAGAUCAAAAGAUUUUUAAGUAUUUGAGUUCUUUGGAGGUUGAAGAUUUUAAAGAUGUCAAAUCGGGCUAUUCAAUUACCUUUAAUUUCAAUCCCAAUCCAUAUUUUGAGGAUACAAAACUUACAAAGACUUAUACCUUCCUUGAAGAAGGAACAACAAAGAUCACUGCUACGCCUAUAAAAUGGAAAGAGGGCAAGGGCAUACCCAAUGGAGUCCAUGAGAAGAAAGGGAACAAGCGGGCUCCAACUGAUGAUAGUUUCUUUAGCUGGUUCAGUGAUGUUGAGCAAAAAGAUGAUAUGGAUGACAUGCAUGAUGAGAUAGCAGAAUUAAUCAAGGAUGAUCUGUGGCCCAAUCCUCUAACUUAUUUUAAUAAUGAGGAGCCUGAUGAAGAGGAUAUUGAUGAGGAAGAUGGCGAUGAUGAGGGAAAGGACGAAGAUGACUCUGAGGACGAUGAUGAAGACCAGGAGGAAGAUGAUGAGGGUGACGAAGAUGAUGGCAAGUGAGAGAAUAUCUCAUGGUGGGGCUGCUUUUCCCUUCUUUUUUUGUGGUUAUAGGAGUAUGUAAAGUGGGCUUUAGGGGAUGGUGACCAGGCCACCCAUUCUACUUUCUGGGUGUUAACUAAUGCCAGCAGGUGUACGAAGGCUGGUCGGUGGUUGUGAUCCUAUUCUAUUUAUUUUAUUAUCUUGAGGUUGUUUCUGCCAUGCUGGUUUCAUCCCCUGAUGCACUUCUCCAGCUUUUAACGUUACAUUAGCUUUUUUCCCCUUGUCUAUUUGGAGCUAACUAUAAUAUUAAUUAGGGUAUAAUAGCUGUUUGGCUUCUCUUUGUAUGCAAGAUUCUAGUAUCGAAAGCUAUUUUAAUGUGAUCACUUUUUUUUUCUCCCCCCUCAAA